AAGCGGAAGUAUAACGUCUCGUUAAGUACGACUUGACGCAGCUAUCGCUUUUCCCUCGAGUUGAAAAAAAAAUCAUCGACAAUCGAGGGUUGGAGGAAAAAAAACGUGAAUUUCAAGACAAAUUACUGUUGUAUGCGUCGAGUGGGCUUGGAUACGCGUUUUUUCUGUCGGUAAUAUGGGAAACUGCCACACCGUUGGACCAAACGAGGCCCUUGUGGUUUCAGGUGGCUGCUGUGGUUCAGAUCAGAAGACAUAUGUUGUGGGAGGCUGGGCCUGGGCCUGGUGGCUCAUCUCUGACAUCCAGAGAAUGUCUCUGGAGGUUAUGACCAUCCUCUGUCGCUGCGAGAAUAUCGAAACUUCGGAGGGUGUUCCCCUGGAUGUGACAGGGGUGGCUCAGGUGAAGGUGAUGACGGAAAAUGAAUUACUGGGUUACGCCUGUGAACAGUUCCUGGGGAAGUCGGUCGUUGAAAUUAAGAGCGUCAUCCUGCAGACCCUCGAGGGUCACCUGCGCGCCAUCCUCGGCACCUUGACUGUUGAGCAGAUUUAUCAAGACAGAGAUAAAUUUGCCACUCUGGUGCGAGAGGUGGCUGCACCUGAUGUCGGCCGCAUGGGAAUUGAGAUCCUCAGCUUCACCAUCAAGGAUGUAUAUGAUAAAGUGGAGUAUCUGAGCUCACUGGGCAAAACUCAGACAGCUGCAGUACAAAGGGAUGCAGACAUCGGAGUGGCAGAGGCAGAGAGAGAUGCUGGCAUCAGGGAAGCUGAGUGUAAGAAAGAAAUGAUGGAUGUUAAGUUCUUAGCUGACACAAAAAUGGCAGACUCCAAACGAGAGCUGGAAAUGCAGAAAGCUUCCUUUAACCAGGAAGUCAACACAAAGAAAGCAGAGGCUCAGCUGGCGUACGAGCUGCAGGCAGCUAAAGAGCAGCAGAAGAUCCGAUUGGAGGAGAUUGAAAUCGAGGUGGUACAGAGGAAGAAGCAGAUUGCCAUUGAGGAGAAGGAGAUCGAGCGUACUGACAAGGAGCUCAUCGCCACUGUGAAGAGACCUGCUGAGGCUGAAGCCUACAAGAUGCAGCAGCUGGCCGAGGGACACAAGACAAAGAAGGUGCUGACAGCACAGGCAGAGGCCGAGAAGAUCCGCUUCAUCGGUGAGGCAGAAGCUGCCUCCAUUGAAGCGGUGGGUAAGGCAGAGGCCGAGAAGAUGAGGCUGAAGGCUGAAGCCUACCAGCAGUACGGUGACGCUGCCAAGACAGCUUUGGUCCUGGAGGCUCUGCCCAAGAUUGCCGGUAAGGUGGCCGCACCUCUGUCCAAGACCAAUGAGAUUGUCAUCCUGAGUGGAGAAGGAAGCCGCGUGACAGGAGAAGUGAACCGUCUUUUAGCUGAACUCCCUGUGUCUGUCAACGCCCUCACUGGAGUGGAUCUGACUAAGAUUCCUCUGCUCCAGAAGAUGGUGGGCCAACAGUGCCAGACAGCCAUAUGAUGAAUUAGGCCACAGACUCAUUACUCUGAAUCCUUCAACAUAUAUCUGCCUCAAGCAUGACAAUAGUUUUUCAGCCUGUAGCCCCUUAUGCAACUGCCUUUGACCAGAAACACUUGACGCCAACCAAGAGGUUUUUUAUAUUUUUAAAAGGUUUUUAAUUUUCUAAAGGAAAAAAAAAGCUGGGGCCUUACUUCUAUAGGACCAGAAUGAGUGUAUCUUCUGUUAUUUUUAGUUUUUGUUUCAGAUACAUUGAUUCUUAUCACACUGUACUUGUUAGCCAGCAUUUUAAUGCUGCUGUCCUGUUCAGUUCUACACACCAUCCAAAGCAUAGUUUGGUAUUUCUGAGAGACAACUGUCAGAGUUUAAAUUUGGUAGUGUCAAACUCAAUUUAUAGGAGGUUAAACAGCACAGUCUUCAAUAGUACUUGCUGUAAAGAGUCUCAAAUAUUUGGGACAAACCUGAAUAUUGAUCAUUAGACAUUUAAGUACCUUGGGAGAAGAGCAAAGUGUUCUCUUUAUUAAACAGUUAUUCAUCUAAUGCUCAGAGCCGAGGAAUUGAGGUAGCAUUUAGUAGACUGAACAGAAUGGAAUUGGUAGCCUUUAUUUUAUCUUUGCUUUUGAAAUUUCUGUUAGUCAGAUCUGUCUGUAUCUCAGAGAACUUUAUGGAUAACCAAAUCGCUGUUACACUUAUAGCUCAGCAUAUCUUCACCCACUGUGAUUGUAAAAUUUACAAUAUCAGUGAUAUUUGAAUCACUUGUAUGAUAACUCUUACCUCGCGGUACAUUGUCAUGUUGCCUGUCUUCUCUGUUUCAAUGUGCAGUGCCUGUUCACCACGCAAGUGCCCAAACCUUAGGACAGUAAGAUUUAUGUCAGAGUAUAUCACUGUUAAAGAUGAAUGAUGUUUAGAUAUUGUUCCCUGGUCUUAUAACAUCUGCUUAUACUAACAAGUAGUGUUUACUCUUCACCUCUUGUCAUGUGUUUAGACACAGAUAUAUAUGCUCAGCAAAAGCAUAACACAAAGCCAUACUUAGAAAAAGAUUACGGUAGCCUUAAACCAUCUUCUGGACGCCUGCCAGGCUCACUGAACACUUCUUUGUUACUCAGACGUUCAGGGUGUGAGCUUUAAUUAAUUUGACUUUUUUCUGUCUUUCCUUUCCCAGAACUGUUAGUCUCAGAUGUGUGUUGCUCAGAUGUUGUUUGAAAUGUUCACCUUGUGUACGUAUUUUUGUAACUCCACUCUUCACCAGGUUGAAAGUUGCCACUGUGUUGCAUAUCUGACCACACCCUAAUCUGUGAUGACAAAGCAGGUAUUUAAUGUUACAUUCAGUCAGUUCUUGACUUAUGGAGUUGGUAGAUAAGCAUGUGAUGAGGUUGUUAACACCAUCUGUGGUGUUUGUGUUUGGUUGGCUAAAAGUAAAAGUGGAGCAGUUGGACAGUUUUCUUUUUCCUGCUGCAACAUGUCAAUUUUUAUAUUUUUUUGUUUUCUGAUUUGAUCAAUCUAAUUACUUCGCAAAGUCUGUUACAAUCGGUAAACCAUUGAAAGCCGAUGUCAGCCAGCAAGUGUUACAUCAUCAUUUGUGGUGUGAAGACAGUUUGCAACAAGUUGUACAUUUCAACCUCGAGAACUUGGAAGGAUUUUGACCCAAACUGAGUUACUCUUCAAUCUAAAUGAGCUUUGUGUCGCUGCCUGUUGUAAAUUUAAACUGCAUAUUGUCAUGACUGUGUUGUUUUCCCUACAUUAUCCAACCUGCUUAUACGUGUACACAAUUAAUUUGCCCUUUUUUAACCACAUUGUGAAUGAUUAUCAACCACUUUUCAGAACCUUUGACCUUUUUAAAUGUUUUAUUUUGCUGCCGACCAUCAUGAGGUUUUCACAGUCACACUGUUUACUGUCUCUGAAUAAACACGGGAUUUGUGGCUUGUUUGGUCUGAGCAAAUUUCAUCUUGUUUUUAUUCUUUUUGUCAUGAAUGUUACAGUUCCCUCCAAUGCUUCUGCAAUUGUUUUACCUGCUGCAAAUGUUGGAAACACUGCCACAAAUACAAUAAUGGCCAGUAUUUUUAUUAACAAGUAUCUUAUAUCAAGCUGUCGGUGUGUCAAAGAUCCCCCAGUGUCACAUGUGAAACUGCGAUCAUUGACUGCAGUUUGGCAGAGCCCUCCACCAGUUAACACUUGGUGCUCUGGUAGGGCCAAUGGAUGUCAUUUGUAAGUUAGCUGCACAUUGGGUGAUUGACAGUUUCUGUCUUGUCUUUGGCAAGAAACACACAGCUCACCCACCCUGUUCAGUUUCUGAAUACAUUUUUGGUUGGAAAUGGAACAGUUGCAGAAUCAUUUGACUGAAAAGUGGUGAAUCACCUUAUGUUCGUCACAUGUCUGACCCAGGUUUAUCAAUGUGUGAGUGGUUGUUUCCAGACUGUGCGAUGCUAAAAAAUGGUCCUGUCCUUUAGAAAAGUGGAGUUUGUUUCUGUGCACUGUGCCUUUGUUAAAUAAUAUUAAGUAAUCUUUGAAGGAAAGAUGAGACAUCAUUUUAGACUAACCUGUAGAUUACGUGUAUGUUUUACAUAUAUGGUGUUCCGCUGUAAACCUCAUUCUAAUCUUUUAUUAUGACAUUCUGCAAUGCUAAUGUACAAGGGAACACACACUUAAUUAGUUAUUUAGCCAUUCACUUGUGCACCAACCAAUAUAAUUUGUCGAUUUGCAUUGGCUAAUCAGAGGCAACUCUCUGAUACUCCAAGUGGCAUUUUAGAGGGGAGUGUGAUUAAAGACCAAACUAUAGACCUAUGCCUUAACUGUUGUCUUCAUCUGAACUGCGUCCAUCUGUUGAUUGUCAUGGAAAUAAUCUAUAACCUCUAUUAAAAUUAUAAUGUGGAUUUAUCUUGUGGCUUCUCACGUAACACUGGCCUUUGAGAAACUGACCCAGCAUGGCUUUUUCAGCAUGUGUUCAUGUUGCUCUGUGUUGUGUGUCACCCUAUAAUAAAUGUUAUACCACUCCC